UUUGAUGCAGGCGUGGGUAUAAAUUCAGAGAACCUUUGUAUUAACUGUACAUUGCAGUUUGAACAUUACCCAAAAUUCAAAGUUAAAAAAACAACUAACAAAAAAAAAGGUGUGCUGUGUUCAGACUACAGAGUAACAGCAAAAGUAUUGACACACAGAGUCUGAAAUAAGGCACAAAACUUGAAUCUUGUCUACCUGUAUGGACGUGUAAUGAAGUGGAGGCGUUUCACCAGCUGAAGAAUCGAUCCAUCUCGUCUGGACAAGGAUCUUUCGAUGUGGUCAAUUGUUUGAUUUCUAUCUUAUAGAUUGUUUCCUGCUAAUAAAUUUGAGGCAAAGAAUUGUUUUUUUUUAGUUUGUGUAAAUUUGAUUCAAUUCCAAAUAAUGGAAAUGGGUAGCAAGAAUGAUACUGAACGACAAAAGAGGAACAAGGAUGCUACGAAUUUUCAGUCACUAAAUAUGUCCUUGGACUGGCAAUUAAGUGGCAGUAACUUGACAAAUGCAUCCAUGGGGAUGAUCCAUAAUAGCAAUCAUUUAGUAGAUUCAACUUUUCCCACUAUUUGGGAUCGGCCUACCAAUUCGCCGCACUUAAGUUUCUAUGGUAAUACUGCUCAAAUCAAUCCUUGCACUAUGAAUCAGCACGAGACUGCAGCAAUUGGCUCGGGCCCUGCGAGAGGUUGUAUGAGUUGGAAUCCACGGAAUGCGAUGCUGAAAGGGCCCAUGUUUGUACCGUCUAUUUCGGGAAUGAUUCCUCAAAGCUUAGCUCAGCUUCCAGCUGAUUCAGGUUUCAUUGAGAGAGCUGCAAGGUUUUCAUGCUUCAGUGGAGGAAACUUCAGCGAUGUGAUGAACCCUCUUAGCGUCCCUGAGUCUACGAAGCCUUGUUAUAGGGGACUGAAACCAACAUGGAGAACGGAAGAGGUUUACACAAGCAACGGGUUAAACUCACCCUCUGCCGUGGACCCUCAGAACCAGAACAUGCGAAGUGGGGUUGAUAGUUCCAAAGAUGUUUCUUUACCUAAUGAACAAAGCCCUCUCAAGAAUGAGAAAAAGAAUGAAAGAUUUGCUGGGUCUCAGGAUGGAGGAAAAGAAUCAGUUGGAUUGUCUGGAAAUGAGUCUGAUGAAGCUGAAUGUAGCGGCCGUCAAGAGGAAAUGGGAAGUGCCAGAUUGGAGUCUUCUGCAAAGGGCCUUGGCUCAAGGAAAAGGAAAAGAUAUGGUCAGGCUAACGAGCUUGAUCGAACGAAGGGAGAACAACAGCUGCCAGCUGAACCUGAACAAGAACAACCUGAAACUCGGAAAGUAGACGGAAGCUUAAAUUCACCUUCCAGCAAGCAUGGUGGAAAAAACAAUAAACAGAGGUCUCAAUCUUCAGAUCCACCUAAAGAAGAAUACAUACAUGUUCGAGCUCGAAGAGGCCAGGCAACUAACAGCCAUAGUCUUGCAGAAAGAGUAAGGCGAGAGAAAAUAAGUGAAAGAAUGAAAUUUCUGCAGGAUCUUGUACCUGGUUGUGACAAGGUCACUGGUAAAGCUGUAAUGCUGGAUGAAAUCAUUAAUUAUGUUCAAUCUCUGCAAAGACAGGUUGAGUUCCUCUCGAUGAAGCUUUCAACAGUAAACCCACGGCUAGAUUUUAAUCUUGAUGGGCUCCUUGCAAAAGAUUCACAAGCAGGACCUUCAUCCUCACUUGCUUUUCCACCUGAUAAUAUGACCAUGACUUAUACUUCUUUGCCUGGAUGGCAAUCUGGUCAGCUUCAAUCAGGUUUUCCUGGUGAUGGAAAUUGUAUUGAUGCGUUUCGUAGAUCCAUCAAUUCCCAAUUCGCCUCUAUGAGUAGUGGCUACAGAGAUCCUUCAUCUCAGGUACCUAAUGUAUGGGAUGAUCAGCUGCAUAAUGUUGUGGAUAUGGGAUUCAAUUCAACCGCGCCCCUCGAUUGUCGGGAUUUAAGUUCUUUGCCACCCGACCAAAUGAAAGCAGAACCUUGAAGUGUUUCAAAUCGUCAAACGGAUACACUUUCUGUUUCUCUGGGGGAGUAAGUUGCAUAGAUCAUCUUAGAACUGAGUAAGUUAAUACAUUUGGGAAUCUAUCACUUGGAGAGCUCCCAAUCUUUCAAAUUGUGCUCCCUCCCCACCGCCGAAGGAGUUCUGAGUUCAGUUGUACAGCAAGUCCACAAAAAGUUCCUUUUUAUGUUCCUUCUAUACAAGUCCCAAGAAGUGAGGGUUCAAGAAUUCAUGUGUUCCGGAUACUAUGUGCAAGCCUCUAUCUCCUACGUAUACUCUACCCUGCUCAGACUCCACUUUAUGGUAUACACCAGUCAUGUUGUUGUUGAUACUAUGUGCAAGGGAGAAUAGUCAUUCAUGUUUUAGUUAUAAUCUUUUGAAUCAUUGAAGAUGAAAUGGUUGUACCUUAAUGUAUUGGAAGAAACUUGUAAAAUGUGUGCUUUGUAUGAAAGAAAAGAAUGAAUAUUUAUGUUGUUACUGAUUUUUCACGUGAAUCUGAAUUAGUCGAGUCGAUAAGUUUGAAAUA